AUGAGUGACAGAUGUCAAAGUCAAUGAUUACCGCUUGUUGUGCGAGUUUUGUUGUGACUAAACGAAGCCAAAACAUUAAUUAAUUAUAAUAUACUAUACCAGUGUUUUCUUAUUGCAAUCAUGGCUGAUGACGAUAGUCCGUCCGAUUGCAGCCUGCUUGUGAUUGUGGUGGACACGAAUCCGAACCAGCGGUAUAUUAUUGAUGACCCUAAAGUGCUCACGAAUUGCCUAGAUGCAGUCAUUGCGUUCGCUAACUCACAUUUAAUGCAGAAGUCAAAGAAUCAAUUGGCAGUUAUUGGAUGCCAUUUCCACAAAAGUGAAUAUUUGUAUCCAUCCCCUGGGAAACCUCUGGAUGUGCGGCAGAUCGAUGGACAGUAUGAAUUAUUUACUCUAGUUGAGAAGACCAUCAAAUCCAGACUAGUAAACUUAAUAAAGAGCCAACCGCAAGAAGAGAAGCCUGGAGAAUCUCUGCUUGCCGGAGCCUUAGCUAUGGCCCUCUGCUAUAUCGGAAGGAUCCGUAGACAAUUGGCGCCCGGAGUGCGAAUGAGCAGCCGCAUUCUCAUCGUAACCGGCAGCUCGGACACCGCGGCACAAUAUAUUAACUACAUGAACGUGUUCUUUACUGCUCAGAAGCAGCAAGUGCUGAUCGACGUGUGUUCCCUGGACAAGCAUCUGAGUCUCCUACAACAAGGCUGUGAUAUCACCGGAGGUCUUUAUCUUAAAGUGCCUUCGCUGGAAGGACUGCUGCAGUAUCUACUGUGGGUGUUCCUCCCUGAAGCAUGCGAGCGCAGAGCCCUCGUGCUGCCGGGCGGCGGCCGCGUGGACUACCGCGCCGCCUGCUUCUGCCACCGCGAGCCCGUCUCCAUAGGCUACGUGUGCUCGUUAUGCCUCAGCGUGUUCUGCAAAUUCAGCCCAAUCUGCACAACUUGCCAUACCGUAUUCAAGAUCGGCGGGCCGCCCAUUAAACCUAAAAAGAAGAAGCUCAAGGUAUAGUUGUAGUCAAAUCAUUUGUUUUUCUAUUAGAAGUAAAUAAUUUAUGAUGAUAAUGCUAAAUAAAACCUCUCCACAA